AUGAGCACUACACGAUCACGAUUUACGGCAAACUUGCUAGUAGGCACUUUGCCGGUUAGCGUGCUCGUCGCAGGUGGCGAUGAUCGAGCGUCCGCUGAGGUUUAUGACCUGGGUUCUGGCACCUGGGUCCCGGUGGGGAGCAUGGCGUUCCAAAGGGAUCUGCACGGGGGGACCACCCUCAGUGAUGGACGGGUACUCGUGACUGGGGGGGUAGGACUCCUAGACACUAACAUUUUUGACUUUAUCAAUGCCGCGGAGCUUUACGAUCCCGCAACCAGAGCAUGGAGUACAGUAGGUCCCCUGGGUACCCCGAGAUGUUCUCACAGUGCUACGCCUCUGAACAACGGCAAGGUGCUUGUGGCGGGCGGCUUCAGUCGGGAGCAAGACGUGAUCGCCUCGGCGGAGCUGUACACGCCAUUUAGCAUAACCGUGGUCCAGGACCCCCAUCUGGAGGUUACUUUGGCCGAGACACAGGGUCGACCGGUGUCCUUCGACUUCCAUGGAGAAGCCGGCAAAACCUACUGCAUGAUUUCGGACAGUUGUCUUCAGCUGAACGUCCUCAUGUUUGGCGUCACCUCCGGGACCCAAAUCCUCCAGGAUUCGAGAGAUCAUUCCGUGGAGCCCUUCUUCGACGGCACGUGGAUGUCCGGGUUUGGUGUUUCGUACCUCAACCCGUUUGGAGAGCAGAAGAACAUCACGAUCAUGCUGGACCAGGCGCGCGACCGCGCGCGCGAGUUCCCAAAGGGAACUCGACCUUCGGAGGGAUCCCUCUGUUGGUAA